AUGUUUAUUUCUUUGUGGGAGUUCUUCUAUGGGCACUUUUUUCGAUUUUGGAUGAAAUGGCUCUUACGGCAGAUGACCGGAAAGUGUGAAUUGCAGCGAAUUUUUGAUACCUAUGUAGGUGCACAAAGGACACACAGGAUAGAAAAUUCCUUGACCUACUCCAAGAAUAAGGUUUUGCAGAAAGCAACACUUGUUGUUCAGAGUGAAGUAGACAAAUGUGUAGAAGAUAUAAUGAAGGAAAAGAAUAUUAACCCUGAGAAGGAUGCCAGUUUUAAAAUCUGCAUGAAGGCAUGCUUACUGCAGAUAUCCGGUUAUAAACAGCUCUAUUUGGAUGUAGAGAGUGUGAGGAAAAGGCCAUAUGAUUCUGAUAACCUCCAACAUGAAAAGCUGCUUCUCAAGCUUUGGAAUCUUCUAAUGCCCACGAAAAAGUUGAAGGCUAGAAUCUCCAAGCAGUGGGCUGACAUUGGUUUCCAGGGUGAUGAUCCCAAAACAGACUUCAGAGGCAUGGGCAUACUUGGAUUAAUCAAUCUCGUGUAUUUCAGUGAAAACUACACCAGUGAAGCUCACCAGAUUCUUUCCCGUUCAAAUCAUCCAAAAUUAGGGUAUUCUUAUGCAAUAGUUGGAAUCAACCUUACUGAGAUGGCUUAUAGCUUGCUAAAGAGUGAAGCUUUGAAGUUUCAUCUCUACAACUUUGUUCCUGGUAUACCGACAAUGGAACACUUUCAUCAGUUUUAUUGUUACCUUGUCUAUGAAUUUGACAAGUUUUGGUUUGAAGAAAAGCCAGAAAGCAUUAUGUAUUUCAACAUGUAUAGAGAGAAGUUUCAUGAAAAGAUUAAAGGACUCUUACUGGAUUGUAAUGUAUCACUUACUUUAAAAAUAUGA